ACAUUAACUGAUUGUAUAAGUUUGGCCACUGUAUAUCCGACGGAGUGAAAUUGCGCGCAAUAGAUUUUCCCUAAUCCUUUCUCUUCCCAAAUCUCCCUCUUUUUAUUUAUACUUUCUCUACAAAAAUAUAGCGACUUUCUCAAUCUAUACAAAAUACAAACCCUAACUUCUCGAAGUUGUUGUAGAAUUUUGUGUUGCAGAUACGUAAAUAUUAACAUUCUCUGAUUCUUGAUUGCUGGAGUAUGGUAGCUGCAGAAGUUGAUACAGUGGAGAAAGAGCGAGUCAGGAAACGGCCACGGCUUGCCUGGGACGUGAAGCCAUCUGAACCAGAGGUGCAAAGGGCUCUGGCUAUUGUUGGAAAUGAAGGGCCCACCACAAGGCAUGCUUCGCCUCCGAGAAGGGACGAUGAUCGUGAGGGCCAUUACGUGUUUAAUCUUGGAGAAAAUCUUACCCCAAGAUAUAAAAUACUCAGCAAGAUGGGUGAAGGCACUUUUGGCCGAGUUUUGGAAUGUUGGGAUCGCCAAACACGGGAAUAUGUGGCAAUCAAGGUAGUUCGUAGCAUUCGUAAAUAUCGUGAUGCAGCAAUGAUUGAAGUUGAUAUACUUCAGAAAAUUGCCAAGAAUGACCAAAUCAGUACCUCACGCUGUGUGCAGAUUCGGAACUGGUUUGAUUACCGCAAUCAUAUAUGUAUUGUAUUUGAGAAGCUUGGACCAAGUUUAUUUGAUUUUCUAAAGAGAAAUAAAUACUGCCCAUUCCCUGUGGAUCUUGUGCGGGAAUUUGGACGUCAGCUUUUGGAAUCUGUAGCAUAUAUGCAUGAUUUACGCCUAAUUCACACUGACUUGAAGCCAGAAAAUAUACUUCUUGUUUCUUCUGAAUUUAUAAAGGUCCCAGGAUGCAAGAGGAAUUCUUCAGAUGAAACACAUUUCAGGUUCUUGCCAAAGUCAAGUGCCAUUAAGCUGAUUGAUUUUGGUAGUACUGCAUAUGAUAAUCAGAAUCAUAGCUCCAUUGUUUCUACAAGACAUUACAGAGCCCCUGAGGUUAUUCUAGGUCUUGGUUGGAGUUAUCCAUGCGACUUAUGGAGUGUUGGUUGUAUACUUGUUGAGUUAUGCUCGGGUGAAGCACUGUUCCAGACACAUGAGAACCUGGAACAUUUGGCAAUGAUGGAGAGGGUAUUGGGACCACUACCAGAUCACAUGAUUCGAAAUGCUAACCGGGGGGCUGAAAUAUACUUCCGGGGAGCUUCAAGACUGAAUUGGCCUGAAGGAGCAGUUUCCAGGGAGAGUAUUAGGGCAGUGAAGAAACUUGAUCGUCUUAAGCAGGAUAUGAUAUCUCAACAAGUAGAGAGGUCAAGAACUUUACUCAUAGAGUUGUUGCACGGUCUAUUGAAAUAUGAGCCAUCAGAGCGCCUAACAGCUCAACAAGCUCUUAAUCAUCCAUUUUUCAAGAAUCUUACUUGAGGAACCUAUCCUGACCAUGAGUUUCUGUUGAUCCCUUGUAUUUCUAGAAAUAUUUUAAAAAAAAUCAAUGGAAAUGUUUUUUUCUUA